CAUUCAGUUAAUCUGCAAGCCAGAUGGAGACCACAGUGCUUCAAGAAUAAAAACUGGAUUCUACACCUCAAUUUUUCAUCAGUCUUGGAUGAAUCAUUCAGAGAUGAAACAAGCUGUGGCUCAGUGUAUUUUUGGAAAGUGAGGAUACUUUUGACAUCAACUUCUUCGCCUCUUCUGUGCUGAUCCCUUUCUAAAAGGUGGAAAAGUCCUUGUUCGUCCGAGGGACCUUUGCACCCCUCAAAGGUGGAGCCAAUCCCCAGUGCCACAAACUCAGACAGGAUGAGGAACAGCCUCUAGUGGAUUUUUGUUUCCUUUCUCAGAACAAGGUGUGCUCAUGAGCAAUUAAUACUCUGUUUUGAGAUAAAAAGGGAGGAAAAAACAGUGCAGAGAAAAAUGCCUUUUGGUUUAGCAAGCUUGAAAGAGCAGGUGUUCAAACCUGGGAAGGAGGAGGUGAAGAACUCUGUUGGGGACUCUUUGGGAAAACUGCAAAGGAAAAUAGAUGGCAGCAACAUUGAGACCGAGGACAACAUUGAACUGACUGAGGAUGGUCAACCGGUGGCCUCAGCACCGCGUCCUGCCCCUCUGCUGGACUGCAGCUGUGGCGGCCUGCCCAAGCGCUACAUCAUCGCCAUCCUCAGCGGCCUGGGCUUCUGCAUCUCUUUUGGCAUUAGAUGCAAUCUUGGUGUGGCCAUCGUGGAGAUGGUGAACAACAACACUGUCUACAUUAACGGGACUCCCGUGCUGCAGAUAGCUCAGUUUAACUGGGACCCAGAGACAGUGGGGCUGAUCCAUGGCUCCUUCUUCUGGGGCUACAUCGUCACUCAAAUCCCUGGCGGAUUCAUCUCCAACAAGUUGUCUGCCAACAGGGUGUUUGGGGCUGCCAUUUUCCUGACAUCCUUGCUGAAUAUGUUCAUUCCUUCGGCAGCGAGGGUUCACUACGGCUGUGUCAUGUUUGUUCGCAUCCUGCAGGGUUUAGUGGAGGGUGUCACCUACCCAGCGUGUCAUGGGAUGUGGUCCAAAUGGGCGCCGCCUCUUGAACGGAGUCGACUAGCCACUACAUCAUUCUGUGGAUCCUACGCAGGAGCGGUGAUCGCCAUGCCUCUGGCUGGAGUAAUGGUUCAGUACGUUGGCUGGUCAUCAGUGUUUUAUAUUUAUGGUGUUUUUGGGAUCCUGUGGUACAUCCUUUGGCUACUGCUGGCUUAUGGAAGUCCUGCUGAACAUCCUACGAUCACAGAAGAGGAGCAGACCUACAUUGAGUCUGCUAUUGGUGAAACAGUCCACCAGCUGAGUGUAACUGAGAAGUUUAAGACUCCGUGGCGUCGUUUCUUUACCUCCAUGCCUGUGUAUGCCAUCAUCGUGGCGAACUUCUGCCGCAGCUGGACCUUCUACUUGCUUCUCAUCAGCCAGCCAGCAUAUUUUGAGGAAGUGUUUGGCUUCCCGAUCAGCAAGGUGGGGAUCCUGUCUGCUGUCCCCCACAUGGUGAUGACCAUUGUCGUUCCUAUUGGAGGACAACUGGCUGAUUUCUUACGCAGUAACAAAAUCAUGUCCACCACAAAUGUGAGGAAAAUCAUGAACUGUGGAGGGUUCGGCAUGGAGGCCACUCUCCUGUUGGUGGUUGGAUUUUCUCACACUCGAGGGGUUGCUAUUUCCUUCCUUGUGCUGGCUGUGGGUUUCAGUGGAUUUGCUAUUUCAGGGUUUAAUGUGAACCAUCUGGACAUUGCUCCUCGCUAUGCCAGCAUUCUGAUGGGCAUUUCUAACGGAGUGGGAACGCUCUCUGGAAUGGUGUGUCCUCUAAUUGUUGGAGCUUUGACAAAACACAAGACUCGUCUGGAGUGGCAGAAUGUCUUCCUUAUCGCGUCCAUGGUGCAUUAUUCAGGGGUCAUCUUCUACGCUAUUUUUGCUUCGGGGGAACAGCAGGACUGGGCCAACCCUGAGAGCCUGAGUGAGGAUAAGUGCGGCAUUAUUGACGAAGAUGAACUGGCCGAAGAAUCAGAGCUCAACAUCGACAACGCGUUUGUGCCCAAAAAGAGUUAUGGAACAACAGACAAUUCGUCUGGUCGAAAGCAGGGCUGGAAAAAGAAGAGAGGGGUGACCAUGCAGGAGGAAGAGGAACAUUAUGGGAAUGGAGACUACCAGGACCAGUACCAAUGAAAUGGCAUCAAAAACACGCAACUACAUUCAAAACUAGGGUCUGAUUUCACAUCAGCUGGAAAGUCAAAGAAAAAUAACAGCAGCUUAAGCAUUAUAAGUACCUCAAGAUGGCCCUUUUUCAUGUUUGCCCAAUAAACAAGUAUAGCUGUAUGAACUGUAUAAAUGUACUCCUAAGUUUACAGAAAAACAAUAGAUACUCAAAACAGUAACUAUUCAAAAUUAAGGUUUUUUUUUUCUUUUAAGACUGAAUGAAUCAAAGAAAUUAAAUCAUGCUUAUACGAUGUAAUAAUAAUUUUAGUUGUGUGGAAAUCACCGAUCAACAUUAAUGGACCAUCUAGUACCAUGUUACAGAAACAUGAGAAACACAUAUCAACUUUUCUACCACACUUCACCUGUAACCUUUUCUGAUUGUAUCUAACUGUGAUCUGAGUGACUAUUUCAUGGACUGUUUUGUGUCAGCUAUGCAACCUGACAAG